AUGUCUGACGGCAACUCUUCCACUCUUGGUUCCUACAUCAACCAGGCUACUGGUGCCGCCCAGCACGCCAUGGGUUCUCUCACCGGUGACUCCUCCACCCAGAACAAGGGCGAAGCCGCUCAAGAGCAAGCCAAGGUUCAAGACGAGAACUCCCACGAAACCGCCAAGCUGGGUCCCAUCUCGGCUGACCCCAACACCGGCGCCACUGCCACCGACAACACCCAACGCUCCACUGGAUCCUGGGACCAGACCGUCGGCUCUGCUAAGGAGUCUCUGGGCAACGUGAUCGGCAACGAGAGUAUCCGACAGGCUGGCAUUCAGCAGAACGCUGCCGGUAAGGAGCAGGAGGCUCGUGGACAGCUCCAGGACUUCGGCGAGGGUCUUCAAAACCGUGCUCAGGGCACUAUUGGUGGUAUCGCCGCUGCUGUUACUGGAGACCGUGAGAAGGAGCAGAAGUUCCAGGAUAUGCAUGAUGAGGGAAAGGUGCGCCAGCGUGGUGCUGAGGCUGAUAUUGCUAAGCGACAGGGUGCUUAA